GGAGUCGCUGCUUCCCAAGAGCCCGCCGCGAGUCAGCUCUCGCCCCAGUCAGCCAAAUGCACCUCUUCGGGCUUCUCCUGCUGACAUCUGCCCUGGCCGGCCAGAGACACGGGACUCAGGCUGAGUCCAACCUGAGCAGUAAAUUCCAGUUCUCCAGCAACAAGGAACCGAACGAGACAACAUUGAGGGGCAGAGGCAAAGCGGACAGCUGGCUCUUUGAGGGAAACCCACAUCCCCAAGCAGCAGGAGGCGCACUGAUGGGAGGAACUAUACCCAAGCAUCUGGACUGGCAUAGAAAAGAGGAGAAAGAACAUUUAAAAGGGGUACAAGAUCCUCAGCAUGAAAGAAUUAUUACUGUGUCUACUAAUGGAAGUAUUCACAGUCCGCGGUUUCCUCAUACUUACCCAAGAAAUAUGGUCUUGGUGUGGAGACUAGUAGCAGUAGAGGAAAAUGCAUGGAUACAGCUUACAUUUGAUGAAAGAUUUGGGCUUGAAGACCCAGAAGAUGACAUAUGCAAGUAUGAUUUUGUAGAAGUUGAGGAUCCCAGUGAUGGAACUAUAUUAGGGCGCUGGUGUGGUUCUGGUACUGUGCCAGGCAAACAAAUUUCUAAAGGAAAUCAAAUCCGGAUAAGAUUUGUAUCUGAUGAAUAUUUCCCUUCAGAGCCGGGGUUCUGCAUCCACUACAGCAUCGCUGUGCCACAAUUCACAGAGGCUGCGAGCCCUUCAGUGUUACCACCAUCGGCUUUGCCACUAGAUCUGCUUAAUAAUGCUGUCACUGCCUUUAGUACUUUGGAAGAUCUUAUUCGGUAUCUUGAACCAGAUAGAUGGCAGUUGGACUUAGAAGAUCUUUAUAGGCCGACGUGGCAACUCCUUGGCAAGGCUUUUGUUUUUGGAAGAAAAUCCAGAGUGGUGGAUCUGAACCUUCUAAAAGAGGAGGUAAGAUUAUACAGCUGCACACCUCGUAACUUCUCGGUGUCCAUAAGGGAAGAACUAAAGAAAACCGAUACCAUUUUCUGGCCAGGUUGUCUCCUGGUUAAACGCUGUGGUGGAAACUGUGCCUGUUGUCUCCACAACUGCAAUGAGUGUCAGUGUGUCCCAAGCAAAGUCACUAAAAAAUAUCACGAGGUUCUUCAGUUGAGACCAAAGAAUGGUGUAAGGGGAUUACAUAAAUCGCUUACUGACGUGGCCCUGGAGCACCACGAGGAGUGUGACUGUGUGUGCAGAGGGAAUUCAGGAGGAUAACCACACACCCCCGGUAGCAGCCCUCUCAGGAGCCGGGCAGUGCAAGGGCUGAUUCUUUCUAGAACUCACGCAUUAUCUCCAUCCAUAAUCUCAGUUGUUUGCUUCAGGGACUUUUCAUCUUCGGGAUUUACAGUGUGCUCGAGAAGAGGAAGCCAACAGAAUGAGGAGUUGUGUGGCAGCGCUUUUGAGAGGAGGCUCAAAUGAAAAGAGAAAAAGUCUUCCAUCCUCAUCAUGGGAAAAAGAUGAAACGCUGUAGCUCUCUAGCUAGUUGCAGAAAUGCCAUGUCCUUGCUCAGCGAGCUGUGUUCUAGCACACAGUGGUCUUGAAAUGGCUAGGUGAAUGUCAGCACAGCAAAAACAAACAAACAAACAAAAAAUAAACUGUGCAAAUGAGCACCUGAUUCUAUUGCUUUGCUUCUUACCUAAAACUCUAUGCUCUGGGCCUAAAAAAAGAAAGUCACAGAAAUCUGGAUUAUUUUUCCAUAUAUUCACAUAUACAUAUAUAUAUAUAUAUAUAUAUACAUAUAUAUAUAUAAUACCAGAGUGUUCUAUGUUCUACAAACUUGUUUUUUUAUUACAAUGAACUAUAUUGCUAUGAAUUCAACAUAUGCCAUGCCGAAAGGAAAGACUGGAUUUCCCAUGUUCUUUUAUUACAAUUUCUACCAUUUAGAGGAAGAGAACUGUCUCCAUUGUUUGGAAGAGACAAGCCUGUAAAGAAGAGUGGCCUUAUCUUCACUUUAUAAGUUGGUUUAUUUUGUGUCAUUGUGUACAUUUUUUGUAUUCUCCUUUUGACAUUAUAACUGUUUGCUUUUCUAAUCUUGUUAAAUAUAUCUAUUUUUUACCAAAGGUAUUUAAUAUCCUUUUUUUUUAUGACAACAUAGAUCGACUAUUUUUAGCCUGAUAAAUUUUUCUAAACAGAAUUGUGAUGGCCAGAGGAACAAAGAUGAUAUGAAAAUAUUGUUGCUCUGACAAAAAUACCUGUAUUUCAUCCUCAUGUGGUGCUAGAGCUUAGACUAAUCUGCCUUUUAGAAUACCGAGUGGGAAAUCAGUAGGAUUUGGUAAGUUGCAAAAGAAUAUUUUGAAAACAAGUUGUCAUAUUUUCCAUCCCUAUUAUCAGAAAUGUGUCCCUGUUAUCGGAAAUAACACAGGAAACUGAGCAGUCAGAUCCUGCUCUUCCUUACCCUUCACCCUACUGCUGGGACACGUGAGCCUAGCUCAGAACAUAAAGCACCUUGAAGAAGAAGAAGAAGAAGAAGAAGAAGAAGAAGAA